UCCAAAGAUUUGAGUGUGUCUGUAAAGGAAGUACUAUCAGUUUCCAUUCCUGAACCUAUGUGCAGAGGAUCACUUAUAUCUGUGUCAGCACAGUCGCCACAAUCUGAUUUAUUAUUGUUAUAUUUACAGAGAUUACCCAUGAUGAGUUCAACACAAGACUCAAGUUUAAAAACCAGCCUUCUUCAGCUGGAAUGCCAUUUCACUUGGGCUUUGAAUAAAAAUGAUAUAGAUCUCACUGAUCUUCUGAACCGUUUAGAAGAAGACCUUAACCUCAACAUUGAAAGCGAGACACGAGUUGGACGCACACACAGCUGUAUGGGAUAUGUGAAGUUUCUGCUAGGCUCCAAUACUGAGGCGCUCAGCUACUUUGAGAGAUCUGUAGAGCUCACGAAGUCUCAUGGAAAUGAUUGUGACAAGCUGCUUGUUGUUGUCUAUGGAGACCUUGCAUGGUUAUACUAUCAUAUGGGUAAUGUUGCAGAAUGUGAAAGCUACCUGAAUGAGCUGAUAGAGAUUAAAGAGAAAUAUCCAUCUGUCCCAUAUGCUGAGGUGCUUGGAGAGAAGGGAUGGACCUUCCUUAAAUUUUCUCGCAAAUAUUAUGAAAGGGCUAAAGAGUGCUUCAAGAAGGCCUUAGAGCUGGAGCCAGAGAAGGGUGAAUGGAAUGCUGGCCUUGCGAUUGUUCUUUAUCGGACAGAGAAUUUAUUCCAAAAUUCGGCAGAUUCAACAGCAAUUGAUCAACUUAGACGGGCCAUAGCCACUAAUCCAGAUGAUGAUGUUCUCAAAGUUCUGCUUGCUCUGAGAUUGUCUCUUCACAAGGGGUACAGUGAGGCAGAGAGGCUAGUGGAGCAAGCUAUAGAGAGGUCUCCAGAACACCCACAUGUGAUGCGAUAUGUUGGGAAGUUUUUGCGGCAUCAAGGCUCUGUGAAUAAGUCUAUUGCACUUCUACAGAGGGCAUUAGAGAAAGUUUCUAACUCAGCCUUCAUACACCAUCAGCUGGGACUCUGCUAUAGGAAGAAGAUCCUGAAUCUGAAGCAGACAGGAAGCCACCACACAAAAGGUGGUGAAAUUAAUCGAGCUCAAGAGCAGUGCAUCUACCACUUGGAAAUGGCAACUAAACUGAAGCCCAACUUCAUCAUGGCAAUGAAUGAACUGGCUCUUCAGUAUGGGGAGAACCGAGAUAUUUUGAAAGCAGAAGAAAUGUUUCAGAAUGCAUUUCGAGUAGCUAAAGCAAAAAAGGAUAACUACAAGUCUGUUCAUCUGUAUUAUGCAGACUUUCAGCAGUACUGCAUGAGAUGUGAACCUGCUGCCAUCAAGCAUUACAUUGAGUGUCUGAAGCUAAAUUCAAACCAUUAUGAAAGGAAUAAAAGUGCUGAACGUCUGGAAAGGAUUGCAAAGAGAAGAAUUGAAAACAACUCAAAGGAUGGAGAGGCCUUUGGAAUACUUGGAAUCAUUCAUAAGGAAAAGGGGAAAAAACAACAAGCCAUAGACUGCUUUGAGACAGCGCUGAGCUUUGUAGACAAUGAGGAUUACCUGAGUGAUCUUUGUGAACUUAGACUUUCAUUACAGUAAUAUUACCAACAUGCAAUAUGAAACACAGCCAGUUGUUUACAUAUUCAUGAAUUUUAAUGGUAACAGCGUAGUAUCUGUAUUAAUAUAUGAACUGUGGAUAAAACACUAAGGUUAAGCUUCCCACAUUAAGGAACACAGAGCGGCCUACAAACAUGCCUACUAACUACAACUCCCAGACCACAGAGCUGCCACUGAAGACUACAAUCAUCCAUCUUAAACUCUCUCACGUUUGCAUUCACUUUUAUUCUGAUGGAACACACUUGGACUCCAUUACAGAAUCACAGCCACAGUAUAGAAGGACACUCAUUCCUCCAGUUCAUUGUGAAGGUUAUACUCAGUGCCAUUGUAUCUGUUGAUAUCAAGCCUUUUCGUUGCUAGUUCUUGUGUUUAUGGUUACUAGUGUCUAGUAUUGUUUCUUGUUCCUGUCUUUUCUUUUGCUGAAAUAACUCUAUUUGCAUAUCACCUGACUUCUGAAUAUUUGUUUACUCUGUUUCUGCUUUACAUUUCGGAAUUGCUAUUCUGCACUAAAAUACGAAUCUUAACAUGAAUUAUUAACAUGAAUUAUGAACGUUUUUCCUACAUUUUAUUUUUGAAAAGUACUUUCUUGUCACUGAAAUUAAAGCAUGA